AUGAGACUUCCUUCGAUGACCGCCAUUCUCCUCGCCGCAACUGGUCUGGCAGCGGCAGACAUCCCCACCCGACGACCAUGCGGCUUGAAAAUCGCCCCCUGCGGGCCGGGAACGCACUGCAUCCCCAACAAGAGCGACUGCACCAACCUGGACAGAUGUCUAGGCCACUGCGUCUCAAACAACGACUUCCCAAUCUGCGGCGGCUACCCGAGCAUUGCUAAACGAUGUACCGCGGGAUAUGAGUGCAGGCAGGAUCCUCGCGAUCCUCCAGGGAUCGCCGACAAGCCUGGCAUCUGUCUCCUAAAGGGCUACCAGGGCCUUCGUUUGUGUGGAGGCAUCGCGGACGGUGAUUGCCCAGCGCCGGAGAAGUGUUACGAUAUGCCGUGGGAUGACUGCGAUCCCAAUCGAGGAGGAAGCGACUGUAGAGGAAUUUGUCUCUAG